CAGCUUAUACAAGCGUUUUGAAUUUUGAGCCAAAAAUAUAGGAAAGUUGACGUUUUCAAGUUCUUUAGAUUAGUUUGAGUACUUACCGUCCAACUCUUUACAGAGAUGCACGUUUUUUUAGUUUUCAUCUUGAAUAUCCAAGCAUGCAUCAUGCCAAAUUUCGAAUCACUCCCGAGUACUGUUCCAAACUUUGCACUGCACUCAAAAGCAUAUGCAAUCAAAGAGUUGGUCAUAUAUUACAGACAUUAAUCUGGGAUGAAUGAAACUCAUGUGGAAAGGAUGUCAGCCAUGGCAAGGCCAAGGUCUGUCUUUCUCAUUAUGGCUGUUCAUGUAGCGAUCCUCAUCUCAACGAGUUGCGGGAGUAGAUCAUCCGAGCAUUCAAGAAAACACGUUGCUUUCUUCAUAUUCGGCGACUCCUUCUUAGAUGCCGGCAACAACAAUUACAUCAACACCACAACCCUCGACCAAGCAAAUUUCUGGCCUUAUGGAGAAACUUAUUUCAGGUUCCCAACCGGGAGGUUUUCCGAUGGCCGUUUGGUAUCAGAUUUCAUUGCUGAACAUGCGAAGUUACCCUUGAUUCCACCCUUUCUACAACCUGCUGGGAAUCCUCACUAUUUCAACGGGGUGAAUUUUGCAUCUGCUGGGGCGGGAGCUCUAUCAGAAACCUUUCAAGGUGCGGUUAUUGAUCUUAAAACGCAGCUAAGUUACUAUAAGGAGGUAAUGACUUGGUUGAGAAGCAAGUUAGGCAAUGUUGGAGCCAAAAUGAUGUUAUCAAGAGCUGUCUACUUGUUUAGCAUUGGAACCAACGAUUAUAUGAGUCUUUUCUUAACCAAUUCCACGGUGCUGGACACCUUUUCCAAGUCAGAAUAUGUUGGAAUUGUGAUUGGAAACUUGACAACCAUCAUCAAAGAUAUAUAUAGCAGAGGCGGUAGAAAUUUUGGGUUCAUCAAUUUGCCACCCGUGGGCUGUCUUCCAGGUAUCAGAAUCAUCAAUCCAGAUAACAAUGGUAACUGCUUGGAAGAAGCUUCAUCACUGGCAAAAUUACACAAUCAAGCUCUGUCUAAGCUCCUCCAAAAACUAGAGAAACACUUGAAGGGGUUUAAAUAUUCAAUUUUCAACCUCAACAUCAGUCUCAGACAGAGAAUGAAUCAUCCCUCAAAAUAUGGUUUCAAGGAAGGAAAAGGAGCAUGCUGUGGGACAGGGAAGUUCAGAGGAGUGUUCAGUUGUGGAGGAAAAAGACUAGGGAAAGAGUUCCAACUCUGUGAGAAUCCCAAAGAGUAUAUUUUUUGGGACUCUUAUCAUCUCACAGAAAGGGUCCACAAACAAUUUGCAGAUGAAAUGUGGGGUAGGGCAAAUAACACCAACAGUGUUGUUGGGCCUUACAAUCUGAGGGAUCUAUUCCAAACUCUCUAAAAGUCCUUUUACUUUCGAAUUAAUGUCUCUUUGCUGCGUGUAAUCUUACUGAAACCAGAGUAAAUGAAAAAGAAGCUGCUCCUUCUAUUCUUUUAUCCUAGUAAUAUAACAAGGUUGUCAAGCUUGUCAGGACUUCCCUCCCUUCUGAAAGGUAUUUCACAGUUGACAUAUCUAGGUGACCUUGAUUGCA